AUGACAAGAAGAGCCAGCGUAAGAACUCGGCUCCGUCCAGAAGAUAUUUCUUCAUGGGUUGAGCACAACCAGACCAACUUUUCGCCAGCAGCUGCAGCAGACGCAGAUCCUCAUUUCGCAACUGAAUUACCAUGCGAGGUCGAUGAUGACGAGUCAUCUGAAUCGUCGUUAGUCGAGGAGCCGCAGCCGUUGGAUGGUGGAUACGCUUGGGUUAUCACAUUUUACUCGUUCAUGAUGCAUUUCAUAUUAGACGGCCUUAGUUUUACGUUCGGGAUGAUUUUUCCAGAGAUUCAACACGUUUAUGGUACUCAAAGAACUGGUGCAAGUACGGUUGCCUCUUUCUUUUUAUCUUUUCCACUCAUAUUCGCUCCGAUUGCUGGAACGGUUACAGAUGUUUUUGGAUGCAGGUUCACUAUCAUUCUCGGUGCCUCGAUAUGCCUUGUUUGCGGAAUAUCCUCUCUUUUUGUUACUACCAUCGGCACAUUUGCAUUCAUUUUUGGAGGUGGAUGCGGUCUUGGAAUGGCAUUUUGCUAUAAUGCCGCUAUUGUAAUGGUUACAUAUUUUUUCUGUGCGAAGCGAGGAAUAGCUACCUCUAUGGCAGUUUCUGGAACUGGAACUGGCACAGCUUGUUAUCCGUUCUUCUUCGAUUUGGCUCAAAAAUAUCUUCCCUUCUCAACUUUAGCAAAUAUGUUCGUCGUUAUCAACGUUUCUUUUUUUGUUCUUUUGAUUAUUGGGUUUCUAACUCGCGAUGUCACAUGGACAUCUGACACAAAGGAAUACAAGGUCAAAAAGUUUAUGCGACAAAUUCGUAUAAUGAAGGAGGAACAAGAAGCAGCUCGAAACGCCGCCAAAAAUGAACUUGCUCCUAUUAGAAGAAGUAUUUCAAUGCCCACAAUUCCGACCAACCUCUACACGCGUCUUGUCAAAGGAAUCAGUCUCCAAAACGUUGAUGAUCAGUCCACUCAAAAUCGCCCACCGCGAUCGAUGUCCGUCGGACAAUUUCGUAAUCGCGAAGCUUUGCCAAAAAUUCCAGAAUACACCAUGUUGAAUAGCGAAUUAGAGCAUCUUGAGCAUCUUGAUUUGGAACUUGCAUACUCGCCAUAUACAACGAUCAAUGCUAGAAAACGUAUGACUAGCAAGACGAGCAUGAGUGCCGAUUAUCUCAAUAUUUAUGAUGAGAGCGCAAACGUCGUAGUGGAUUUUAUUAAUUCUUCAUGUGAGGACGAAGAUAAAGACGAGACUGAGGAUUCUGAUAUGAGCAACGACGGCGAUUCAUCAAGUUCGGAAAUCAGUAUUCACGAGAAAAAGACGACGACAUCAGCCAGAUUUUCAAAAGUUGUGAGUAAUCUUCCUAACAAUGGCACAUUACUGGGUGUUCGAUAUAACGAUAUGAAAUUGGCAACAAUUUCAUCGGCUCCAAACACUGCGCGAACAAAUCGAACAUCACUUGCUCCUGGUGCUUCUGGAGUCACCGGAAGAAUCAUCGCUGGAAAUGCGUUGCAGCCAUCUCCGUUCUUCAUGACUAAUUUGCUCGGAAUGCAGGCAAAAAUGCCAUCUGCUCCAAUUCUCGCGAACAGAAAAAAACGAAAAAACUUUGCUGCCAGACUCAAUAUGAAAUUGCUGAAAGAAUUCGCGGUAUCAGAAUCACGUGCCUAUUCAUUUCUUUUGGAUCGUAAAGCGAUGAUAGCUUUAAUUAUCAAUAUCUUCUCGCUCUACCUUAUCUUGGACGUUCCAUACGUUUACUUUGGAGACUAUGUAACGGAACAUCUCCAAUUCACACUUAAAGAAGUGGCUUUUAUGAACUCGACAAUAGGAAUAGCGAACUUCUUUUUCACUAUUCUAUUCGGUUUUAUUAGUGACUUAAAACUUUUCAAAGAGAGGCUUUUUAUUGUUUACGGUGUUGCUAUGUUAUUUGUUGUUUCCUCGUUCGUUUCAAUUAUAUAUUCUCGCAGCUUCUGGAGUGUUAUUAUCGUUGUUGCCAUUUACGGGUCUUUCGUUUGCUCAAACUAUGCACUGCAAUCGAUCCUCAUCACAAUCGUCUUUGAUACUAAAGAUUUCCAAACUGCCUAUUCAAUGUGUAAUUUUGCUGCCGGCCUUGGAUCACUUAUUGGGCCAAUUUGCAUUGGUGUCAUUCGUGAUAAACUUGAAAGCUAUAAGCCUGUGUUUGCUAUCUCCACAGGAAUUUCUUUGAUAAGCGCAGGUGCUGCAUUCCUGCCGCACGUACUUUUGAAAAACGAAGUGGAGAGCCAGAAAAACAACGAAGACGAAGUUGAAAUGAAAAAUAUGAAAAACUCGUCAUGCGCUCUGCCUGUCGAGAACGAGCGUCUGUUGGCGAGCGUCUAA